AUGAAACUCAAAGCUGCUGUCGAGGCUAAUAUCACUUGUGAAUUGAAGAGUCUUCCCGAGGAUAUUUCCGAGGUCGAGCUUAUUCAACAUGUCAAGGCUUUGAACGAUGAUCCUGCUGUUCAUGGUAUUCUUGUCCAAUUGCCUUUGCCAAAGGGUAUCAAUGAGGCUGCUGUCACUGAAUCGGUUAUUCCUGAGAAGGAUGUAGAUGGUUUUGGUACUGUCAAUAUCGGAGAAUUGGCCAAGAGAGGUGGAAACCCCCUUUUCGUUCCCUGUACUCCUAAAGGUAUUCUGGUACUUUUGAAGGAAUCUAAAGUCGAGAUCGCUGGUAAGACUGUUGUUGUUCUUGGCCGUUCUGAUAUUGUUGGAAGUCCCGUUUCAUAUUUGUUAAAGAGUGAAGAUGCUACUGUUACAGUUGUUCACUCCAAGACUAGAAACAUUCCUGAAAUCGUCAAGACUGCCGAUAUUGUCAUUGCUGCCAUUGGCCAACCCGAGUUUGUCAAGGGAGACUGGUUGAAGCCAGGUGCUGUUGUCAUUGAUGUCGGAACUAAUUACAUUAGUGACGAGACCAAGAAAUCUGGGCAACGACUUGUUGGUGAUGUCGAGUUCUCGACUGCUUCAGAGGUUGCUUCUAAGAUCACUCCUGUUCCAGGUGGAGUUGGUCCUAUGACUGUUGCAAUGCUUCUUGAGAAUGUCUACUCUUCAGCCAAGAGAUUCUACGAGUUAGAAAGCAAGCGAGGCAUUAACCCCUUACCUUUGAAGGUUCUUACACCCGUUCCUUCUGAUUUUGCCAUUUCCCGUGCUCAAAAGCCCAAGCACAUCAGUCAAGUUGCCAGUGAAAUCGGUAUCUUGUCUGGCGAAUUAGAACAAUACGGAGCUCACAAGGCCAAGGUUCAAUUGAGCAUUCUUGACCGUCUUAAGCACCGUCAAAACGGUAAAUACGUUCUUGUUACCGGUAUCACCCCUACACCAUUGGGUGAAGGUAAAUCCACCACCACUGUGGGUCUUGUCCAGGCACUUGGUGCUCACUUGAAUAAGAUGGCUUUCGCCAAUGUUCGUCAGCCCUCUAUGGGCCCCACUUUCGGUAUCAAGGGUGGUGCUGCCGGUGGUGGUUACUCUCAAGUGAUUCCCAUGGACGAAUUCAACAUGCAUUUAACCGGUGAUAUCCAUGCUAUUGGUGCUGCCACCAACUUGUUGGCUGCUGCUAUUGAUACCCGUAUCUUCCACGAAAACUCACAAAAGGACGGUCCUUUGUACCGCAGACUUGUGCCUGCUAAGAAGGGAGUCAGAAAGUUCUCGCCAGUCAUGUUCCGCAGACUCAAGAAGCUUGGAAUCGACAAGACGAACCCUGACGACCUCACCAAAGAAGAAAUCGCCAAGUUUGCCAGACUCGACAUUGACCCCGAAACCAUCACCUGGAGACGUGUGGUCGACUGUAACGACCGUCACCUCCGUGGAAUCACCAUUGGCCAAGCCCCUACCGAGAAGGGCCAAACCCGUGAGACCGGUUUCGACAUCACCGUUGCCAGUGAAUGUAUGGCCAUUCUCGCCCUUUCCAACAGUCUUGAAGACAUGAGAGAGCGUCUUGGCCGCAUGGUCGUUGCUUCCAGCCGAAGCGGCGAGCCCGUCACCUGUGACGACAUCGGCUGUGGAGGUGCCUUGACCGCUCUUUUGAAGGACGCUAUCAAGCCCAACUUGAUGCAAACUCUUGAAGGUACGUAUUGGCUUUUGUGA